AUGGGUAUUAAGAAAAUGUUUCAAAAGAAAGAACCAACUGAACAAGAAAUUCGAGAAGAAUUAAGUCGAGUUGGGAUUUCUACAAGAUCAAAUAAUACUCGACAAGAGAAAUUUGGAGCAUUUAAAAAUUAUGCUCAAGAACGAGCUAAUAUGAAACCACAAUUAGGACCAGUUGGAGGGAAUCCUUAUGCCAAUAUUAAUCCUGGCAAUAAUAAUAAUAAUAAUCUGAAUCCUUAUGCCAAUAAUAGCAAUGAUAGUGGUAAUGGUAAUAAUCCUUAUGGUGGUGGUGGUAGUAGUAGUACUUCAUCUACUAAUAAUAAUCCUUAUGGAAGUUCUGGUGGUAAUGGUAAUGGAAGGGGAUCAUCAUCAUCUAGUCCUUAUGCAUCAACAACAUCUACCACCACUAGAUCAUCAAAUCCAUAUGGGAAUAACAAUGGUUCUAGAUCCAGUCAAAAUGCUUCUAGUCCAUAUGCCAAAUCAACUAAUAAUUCAUCAUAUAGUAACUCACCAUAUUCUGGAUCAACAGUAAACAAUAGUAAUAGUAGUGGUGGUACUGGUACUGGUACUGUUGGUAACCCUUAUGCUGGUGGUAGAAGUUCACUGUCUCAAAAACCACGAGACAAUGUAUAUAAUGCUACUCGUACAUCAACUAGACAAACCCAAGGAUAUGGAGGUGAUACUGAUUCAACUCUUGAUCUUAAUGCCAUUCCUUCACAUCAAAUGUUUGAUAAUAAAAAACCCAUUAAAAGAAAUCAACAACAACAACAACCUGCCAAUGAUUAUAAUUUAGAUUUGAAUGAUGAAUAUGGAGGAGACGGAGAAGAAGAAGAAGAUUUGAAUUUAGAUAUUAGUGAAGUACCUGAAGAACAACAAGAAAUCAAUUCUGAAGAUGAAGAAGUUGAAGCCAUUAAACAAGACAUUAAAUUCACUAAACAAGAAUCGGUUCAAAGUACAAGAAAUACACUUAGAAUGGCUCAAGAAGCUGAUGCAUCAGGUACAAAUACAUUAGGAAUGUUAGGAUCACAACUGGAACGAUUAUAUAAUGCUGAACAAAAUUUAUUAUUAGCAGAAACUCAAACUCAAAUAGCUGAUGAAAAAGUUAAAGAAUUAAAACGAUUAAAUCGAUCAAUUUUUAUACCUGCUAAUGGUAAUCCUUUUAAUAAAAAAUCUCGAUUACGUCAACAAGAAGAAAAAAUUAAGAAUCAAAAAUUACAAGAAAAAUAUAUUCGAGAAACUAAUCGUCAAGAAAUGUUUGCUAGUGAACAACGUAUAAAACAAGGAAUUACUAAUAAUUCUACUAAUAAUGAUAUUUAUAAUAAAUAUCAAGAUGAAAAAAAUUUAUCGGCUGCUAAAAGAUAUCAAUUUGAAAAUGAUAGUGAAGAUGAUGAUAUGGAAAAAGAAAUUGCUCUGAAUUUGAAUCAAAUUGAUCAAUAUGCUAAAAAAUUAAAAGGUUUAGCUAAUACUAUGGGUACUGAAGUCGAUAAUCAAAAUACUAGAUUGAAAAAAAUUGAAGAAAGUGCUGAUAAAUUGGAUAUUAAUGUUCAUAUGAAUACAACUAGAUUGAAUAAUAUUCGUUAG